AUGUGCACACAAGACCUUCCGUUGUUCGAUUUGGAGAACAACAAUACCAUCUUUUUUUUCGAUCAACUCAUCGCGUUUAAUAGGUACGUUAACCUAUACUGUACGCUUCGAAUUCACAAUCAAAGUUUGCAGAGUUUACACCCAAUUUCACCGCUAUCUAUGUCUAAUCGUCUGCUUUUUCGGCGUUCUCCUCAACAGCCUUCAUUUUUAUGUGCUCACGUGAGUGUCUAGGCCUUAUUAUAGGGGCACCGGACAGAAAGAAAGGGCGCGCUAUUGAGAAGAGCCCGCGAAAACCUGGGGGACUCUAAAUUUGAAUGGUGUGAGAAGGGAAAGUUAGUCCGCGGCCACGUAGGCUGCUGCAGAAAUUUUUGUUUUCCUUCUGUUUUUUCGUUUUCUUUUUAAUAAAUCGAUUGUGUUCUCACCUUUUUCGUAGUGAAUUUAAUUAAUUGUUUCUUGUUCAUGUUCGAAAUAUGCGUUUCUAAACAGAUUCAAUCAACAGUUUGCGGAAAAUAAGAGAAAACAUUGACGACGUGCACCAUUUUUCGACUGCGAUAGCUUUUUAUUGAAAUUCUAUACAUGAAAAAGAAAAAAUUAAUUAAAUUCACUACGAAAAAGGUGAGAACACAAUCGAUUUAUUAAAAAGAAAACGAAAAAACAGAAGGAAAACAAAAAUUUCUGCAGCAGCCUACGUGGCCGCGGACUAACUUUCUCUUCUCACACCAUUCAAAUUUAGAGUCCCCCAGGUUUUCGCGGGCUCUUCUCAAUAGCGCGCCCUUUCUGUCCGGUGCCCCUAUAAGAGACGCCUAUUAUGUGAGUUAUCGGGAUCAUGGGCCACGUUUCAGACGAAAAGCGAUGCGAGUGUACAUAAUCAACGCGCUGCUGUGCGCCAUGUCGAUCUGCGACAUCAUCACAAUGUCCUCCUACUUCAUCUACAUCCUCCGCUUCCGCGUCUUCGACUCCCCGGCCACGACGAUCGGCUAUCCGUACCCGUGGCUCGUCUUCCUCAUCACACACGUCACGUGCUCGAUCGCGCUCCACACGACCGCCCUCUAUCUCUCCGUGAUUAUGGCCUACAUCCGAUGGACGGCGUUGGAUCGGCUCGACGCGAAAUGGAUCAAUCACGGCGCGCUCAAACAGAUUCUCAUCUUCACCGCGCUCAUCGUUUCGAUCAUCUCGAUUCCGACGGUCAUGGUUCACAAGAUUGUGGCGGUUCGCGAGGUGCUCGGCGUCAACGAGACUGAUGUGAGCGGGAUGGCGAAAGUGAGUUUGGUUUUUUGAUGGCGAUUCGAACUCUUUUUUUUUUUGCAGCUGGAGGGUUUGUAUACGGUGCAACUGGACGAGACGAAAAUCAACGGAUGCGCGCUUUUCCGAGUCAAUCUCUGGAUAACCGGAAUCAUGUUCAAGGUGGGUACAGUUUUUCGUGGCGAGACCCGCAGACUAUUCCAGGCUCUUCCCUGCCUUUUAAUCCUUUGGUUCACCAUUGCGCUCAUCUACAAACUCGUUCAAAUGAGCGAGAAACGACGGAUACUCCGUGGCGAAAAGAAGAAGAAGGAAAAGGAGGAGUUUCAGUUGUUGGCCACCUCGUCAACGCCCACGAACACCACUCGCGAAGAGACUUCACCGUGAGUCUACAAAGGCGAUUUGGCUUUUAUCGGCGCCAAUUUGCAGACGUCUCCGCAAAGUGUCUCAAUGUCGGAACGUGUCGAUCGAUCGCACGACCCUAAUGCUCAUCAUAAUGCUCGUCGUUUUUCUGUGCACCGAGAUGCCGCAAGGACUUCUCGCGAUUCUCUCGGCCAUCUAUCCGACGCACGUGCACACAAUGAUCUACGUCAACGUCGGCGAGGUAGGGCAAAAGUUAGGCCACCCCGAGAUCUAGUUUUCCGCUUCAGCUGCUCGACCUAAUGUCGCUGAUCAACUGUCUCACGUCGUUCAUCGUCUACUGCGUGAUGAGCACCACGUACCGCGCAACCGUCAAAUCGGUGCUGUGUCGACCAACGAAUCACCGACGGACCGUCUUCAAAAACACGCAUCUUUUGCUCAAUUCCUACCGAAUACAGGUCUCCUAG